AUGGAUAAAGUCGAUAAAAAUCCUGCUGAAGCUGUGGUACCAGCGGACUUUGAAUGUUUGUGUGCAGAAUCUAUAGGAGUAUCCUUGGCAAUACCAGAACUCCUCAAAGGCAUUAAAGAAGCAGUGGUCUAUAUUGAAUAUUCCGCAUUUAUUAAUAGUCUGAUGCAAGAGCAGAAACUGAGUGUGCGUGAGCGCCUCAAAAUCAUGGAGAGGGCGGCAGUGGGAUGGCGCCACCGUCGCGGGCCGCGUGGUCGCCGCGUCGUCGCAGUCGCAGGCAAGCGGCCCAAGGCGGCGACGACGUCCUCGUGGACCGAACAGCGCGUGCACCGGCGCCGCGCCACGGCUCAACGCCCUGGCUCGGGAGGGCAAUGGAAGAAUAUAAAUUUUGAAGAAAAUCCUAUGACGGGUUUAGUCGUCGCAGAAGUUUUGCUGUCAAUACAUUUAAAUAUCAAGGACUCACCCUCGCGCCGUGGUGUUUCUGCAAUUAGCGCAGCGUCGCGACUCAACGGGCGGGUUGUCCCCGAGGGGGCAGGCCGCCGUGUCGUGCGCAGCGCCGCACUUCCCACAGCGCGGGUGGCGUGCGCAGUGCCGCUGCACAUGACCGAAGUCAAGGCAAUUGCGGCACUGCACGGGUCCUCUCGGCGGCCGAUACCGCUCCGAGAUCCGUAG